AUGGGGGCCCUGGGGCUGGAGAGCUGGGGGAGGAGGCCCCAGGGGAAGAGCUGCCUCCUGCUGGCCGUGGCAGGAGCCGCCUCCCUGGUGACCCUGCUGCUGGCUGUGCCCAUCACUGUGCUGGCCGUGCUGGUCGUGGCGCCCCCGAAGCCAGGGCUGGUGGCAGAGCCCCCUGACCCCGGGGCACGAGCACUGGCCCAGCGGCGACCCGGGUCCCAGGAGCUGCCGGAGCAGGACGCAGAAACCGACCCCAGCCCCGGGCCCCCGGCCGCCCACCUCAUCGGCGCCUGGACGCGCGGCGGCGGGCUGGGCUGGGAGGCGGCGCAGGAGGAGGCGUUCGUGCGCAGCGGCGCGCGCUUCGGGGCGGCGGGGCUGGCGCUGCCGCGCGACGGGCUGUACUUCCUGUACUGCCACGUGGGCUACCGCGGCCGCGCGCCCGCCGGCCCGCCGCCCGCGCGCGCGCUCACGCUGCACAGCCGGCUGUUCCGCGCGGGCGGCGCCUACGGCCGCGGCGCCCCGGAGCUGCUGCUGGAGGCGGCCGAGACCGUGCGGCCGGGCGACCGCGCGGACGCGGCCGGGCGCCUGUGGUACGCCAGCGUGGGCGUGGGCGGCCUGGCGCGGCUGCGGCGCGGCGAGCUCGUCUUCGUCAACGUCAGCCACCCCGAGCUGGUGGACGCGCGCCGCGGCAAGACCGGCUUCGGGGCGGUGCUGGUGGGCUGA